UAAGGUGCUUACUCCAGUUGAUCUUCCCUUGAGAUUGUCCAAAAAGGGAAGGUUCUACCAUGGGUUUGAAAUAUAUUCCCCGCAUUAUUGUGCUAGACAGUUUGGACUGGCCCAAGGCUUACCCAUGCCUAUCUAUUAUUCCCUGGAGUUCCCUUUCAGUCAGAAGAACAAGUAUAAAUGGACUGAAAUGGGGCCUUUCAGCUGCUGCUCUGAGAUUACUAGAAUUAUGCACGCCCGAUUUUCUGUCAAUGAAUUCAGUCCUGAUCCGAAAUCCACUCCUGACUACAAUCAGUGGUGGGGACUUUAUUACCAUAGGUAUUUUAGAAACGCCGGAUCUGCUCUCAAAAGGAUAAAACCGUUUGCUUCUCGUAUAAAAGGGAAAUCGGUUGGACAAGGAGAGCACAGCCCGCCAAUGUUGACUGCUCAAGUUCAAUCUGCUUGGACACGCUCUCAGAAGAAGAAAAGUAGGGCCAGGAAAGGAAAAGCGGUUUCCCAACCAACCACUCCUUUGCGGACCGGAAAGAAACGGUCGACUGGGAUCGAAAUUACAAAGGCAGAAGAGAUGGAAGAAGUUCCUCUUUCUAGGAAAAGAAGAAGGGUGGUAUUUACCUCGACUAGCACUGUUGAUGAUGUCGAAGAGAUUGAAAAUACUGCCACUGGUGCCAGUUCAAAUUCCUCUUUCAGUGCUGACGAAGUUACCAGGGCUACUACGGGUCCUGAGGGCACAAUUGUUCGUCCUGACGAGUCGUUUGAAGCCAGAGCUGUGCCUCUCAUUCCCAAGACAGAAUGCAGUCUUAGCUCUUCUUCCGUCGAGGGUGCAUCACUAGUCUCCGUUCCGUCUUCUUUGGCUGGACAUGAUCCCCAACCGACAAUCACAUCUGCCACGGUUGAGAUGAACAAUCAAAACCAGCUGGAAGGGUUUACCGAUGCUCUUGGUCCUGCUUUGUCGAUCCGCUCUCUCUCUGUUCCUCUGCUGCUUCCAGCACCUCCAUCUAGUCAAACCGACGAAAAUUUCGUCAGUUCUAGCAUCAGGGGCAGGCUCAUUCUUGAAGAACUCUCUAAGGUUCGUCACCUUGAAGCUACCGGUUGUGACACCUUGGCAUCCGUCUCUUCAUCUGCACCUAUCCAAGCGAUUAAGCGCAGAUGGGCUGAAUUUUUUGAGCUGUCUGUAGGAGGCUAUUCAUUGCUUGCAGCUAAUCCCAUCACUGCUGAUAGGGUUAAAAUUUUGCUAGAAGAGCUAUACAAUGAUGACAUCCAAUUCUCGAAGACUCCCCAGUUCAAGGAACGUUGCAAAAUCUUCUCAGAGCAAUUCCUUGGUGGUAUGAAGACUUAUCGGUAG